AUCAUUUUAUUCAAAAUGGCGUCAGUCUUUUGUUUCACAAUUCCCUUUACUUCAAGUGUAAAUAAAUGUGUAAACAGAGCGUAUGGCUGUUGAGGUUUUGUUAACCUGAAAUAAAACUUUUAGUAAUAUGACAGGAUCCACUGGAUUUGGAUCUGUUAUAGUAAUGAAUUAUUUGUGGACAAGUUUUCACAAUAAGUUUUCCGUAGCAUUCCGGACUUGUGUAUAAUAAUUAUAGAUAUGUAUGAAAGGUUAUAUCUGAAUACUUUCAAGAUUACAAACGGUAGUAUGAUGACGACGGUGGUGGUGAAGUUUCGAAUGAUAUUCAAGCGAGAUACAAACCCAGGAAGUUGGAUAGUGAAGCAGAUUUCCUCAGAUUGGAUAAAAUCCGGGAAUUGGAUAUGUUAAACCAGUCUGCCAGCCAGGAGGGCAGUAUAUCUGGCACACAAGAUGAGGUGAUUAGUGUUCAAGUCUGUGUGAAGAAUGGACAUGAUGAAAAUGCAAUAAUCGAAGGAGAAGAGAUUGUGUUAGAAACAGUGGAUACAUCAAGUCACAUGUUGCCAGUUAUUGUAGAUGAAGCGGGGACAUCUGUUGUUGAGGAGAUCAUUCAGCGAGCAAGUGAUGGUGAUAUGGAAGCAGAAGGGGAUUUGGAUACAGAAGAACCAAAUGAUGACAUUGGCAAUAUAAGAGGAGAAGGUCUUCCUCCACUUCAAGUGAAGUUUUCAGCCAAUACCCCUAGAGGUAGACGAAGUCAGAUUAAAUACAAGGUUAUCAGUAAUGAAUCAGAUUACAUAUCAAGUAUGGGCGAAACAAAUGAUAUCCCGCGUAAAUUAAUUGAUAAAAAUGAUCCACGAAGCCGACUUCAUUAUGUAAAGUACCUGAAGAGAGAUGGCAAAACUCUUAAAAUAUGGGAAUGUGGCAUAUGUUCAAAGGAGUUUCGUCACCAAUACACACUAAUGCGUCAUCUUCCAACUCACACAGAUGAAAGGAAUUUCAAGUGCGAAACCUGUGGUAAAGCUUUUAGACAGAUGAGUACCCUAUCACAGCAUCGCGCUAUCCAUAGUGAUGCAAGGCCGUAUGUUUGUGAAUUAUGCAAGAAAACAUUCAACCGUGUUUCAACACUUAUCUCACACAGAAAAACUCAUUCAGAGCAUAAACCACACAUGUGUCAGAUGUGUGGCAAGGGAUUCCAUCAGAAAGGGAACCUGCGUAAUCAUGUCUUCACACACACUAAUGAACGACCUUACAAAUGUGAACUUUGUGGGAAAGGCUUCAACCAAAUGUCAAACCUUAUGUGCCAUAAGGUAAAGGCUCACUCACAUGGAGAUAAGACACGCUAUAUCUGCAACUUUUGUCACAAAGAGUUUCCACGGAGGUUUGCAUUGCGUUCUCAUGAAGAGUACAAACAUGGAAUAAAGUAUCGUGGAGGAGAAAGAAGACAAGAACUGGAUCCUGACACGUUUAGGGAGAUCGUAUCUCGAAAGCAAAGAAAAAGAGAGGAGAAGAAUCUGCGUAUCAUACAUUUGCCCAAUGGUGACCGAACCUUAGCAAAUGUACAUGAACUGAAGAAUGCUCAUCUCCCUCUUUCUCCUCUGCAAAGGCUAAAACUCUCCAAAAUAUUAGCUAGUCAAGGAGGUUUCUACCAGGAAAAGGGUUCUUCUGCAGGUGUAAUCAUUGACCCAAUCAACACAAAAGCUAUGCAGACAGCCAAACAAGCUGGUCAGACACCAUUUGCAUUGCUGAAACCUGCAAAGGGAAUACCAGUAUUAGUGAAAGUCAUGGCAGCUCCUGACAAUAAACAGAUGCUGGUUCCAGCAACAGCAGAAGACUUGAAGUCGGCUGGCAAAAUCACCGUCUCUCCAAACUUCAGUAAUACCAAUAAUGGAAACUCAAUUAAAGCUGUUCAAAUCAAGGUGCCUGUUGUGGCAACUGUGAUCCAGAAGAUUGGAUCAGAUGGCCAGUUAACAAUCCAAGUGGAACCACCUGGACCAGAACAUGAGUCCGACCUUGCAAGUACUGCAAAUCAGCACAGCCUUGAUGAUGUGACUUCUAAUCCGCUUCUGGAUCUCGAAGGACCUAGUCCUAAGGUGCAAUAUGUGCGUGAGGAUGGAAGUAUAAUUCCUGAAGAUGAACUUCAGGAACUGAGUCCUGUUAACUUGUUGGCAUCUGCUGUUAAUAUGGUACACAGAGAUGGACCAAGUGGACCUACAAGGUCUGCAAGUGCGGUGGACAGUGACCCAGCUCCAGCUCUGCUUGAAUUGGCAUCAACCGGUGAAAUCCAAUUUGUCCGCCCGUCAUCAGAUGGUAACUAUGAGAUUCUGAGUCAAGAAGAAGCAGCACAGAUGAUGCAGCAACCUGGGCAGACCAUUGAAAUUGUCAGUGAUAAUAAUGAAAUGCAGCUACUGGAUACGUGUGACACCCUUACUGUUAUUCCUGAUGUCUUAGCCUCUUCAAGUGCAGACUGCACCUUCUGCAGUCAUUGUGCCUCACCCUCAACUAACCUAUAACCAACCUCUACUUCUUCAGCAGAAAAUUUUUGGUGGUUCAGUACUACAGUGGAUUGCAUAGACAUGACUAAAAAUUUAAUGCUCUGAUGUUAAAGCUGCAUGCUUAGCAUAUAUAUAGCUAGAAUAUAUUUUUUUAAAUAGUC